GCUCCGCCAUGUUAGAAGCCGCUUUUGGACAAAUUUGACGUCCAUUACUUCUGGCUGCUGAUUUUUCGGCAAAUUUUGUCAUUUUAAGUAAUUUAAUUAAGUGAAAACAACGUUUAACUGAUAAUAUGGCAUCCGAAGAAGAAAACGAAGAUACUUUGCAAGAUGAAGAGGAAGCCCAAGAGGAAUCAGUUAAAGCUGCAGAACUAUCUAAUGAUUCUGAUGUUCCAUUGAAGCCAACGGUAAGAAAGAAGGAGGAAGAUGAUGACUACGACCCUGAAGAUAAUCGUAAGAAGAAAAAAGGUAAAAAGCGUAAAACUAAGAACGAAAAAGAAAAAGGUCGCAAGAAGAAGAAGCGCAAGAAGAACGAAAGCGAGGAGGAGAGUGAUUUCCAGCACGAGGAAGAAGUUGAAUAUCCAACAACUAAGCGUGGACGCAAGCGCAAGGAUGCUGAGAAGGCAGCCGCCAAGGAAAAAGAAGCAUCAUCCUCUUCAGGAAUGCCAUCAGUGGAGGACGUUUGUACGGCAUUUAAUGUGACUGACGUUGAGAUAGAAUACACUGACAGUGACAUGCAGACUUUGACUUCUUACAAACUAUUCCAGCAGCAUGUGCGUCCAAUUCUGCAGAAGGAGAACGCCAAGGUCCCUGCUCCCAAGCUUAUGAUGUUGGUAGCAGCCAAAUGGAGGGAUUUCUGUGAAGUCAAUCCCAACAUACAGAAUGAAACUGGCCGAGACGAGGAGGAACCACGUUCAUCUCGAUCGUCACGCAAUGAAAAGCCUGAUGACAUUUUUGAAGAAGAAGAGGAAGAGGAGGAAGAAGAGCAAGAGCAAGAACAGCGUUCUCGGCGCAAGCGUGGUCGAAAUGCUAGCAAAAAGGGACGUAAAUCAGGAAAAGUACCCACUCUGAAGAUUAAAUUCGGCAAACGCAAGCACCAAAGCUCAGAUGAUGACCCAGACGCGAGUGGAGUGUCUGAGCGUGACUCUGAUUUGGAAUUUGAGAAGAUGCUUCAAAAGUCCGACACGAGUAAGGAUGAGAAUUUCGACGAGAAUGACGAAGAGGAACCGGAAGAAGAACCACAGCCGGUGGUGAAGAAAAAAGCCAAGACCAAGUUCGGCAACAAGUUCAAGAAGAAGAAGAAAAUGCACAAGACCAGUCGAUUCCCAGACGGUGAUGAUGGCGAUCACGAGCACCAGGAUUACUGCGAGGUUUGUCAACAGGGCGGAGAGAUUAUACUUUGCGAUACAUGUCCAAGAGCGUAUCAUUUGGUUUGUUUGGAACCGGAGUUGGAUGAAGCCCCCGAAGGCAAGUGGUCGUGUCCACAUUGUGAAGCUGACGGUCCGGUAGAGGAACAAGAGGACGAUGAACAUCAGGAGUUCUGUCGAGUUUGCAAGGACGGCGGAGAGUUGCUUUGCUGUGAUUCCUGUCCAUCGGCCUAUCACACAUUCUGCUUGAAUCCCCCAUUGGAUACAAUUCCCGAUGGGGACUGGAAAUGCCCCCGUUGCGGAUGUCCUGCACUUAGCGGCAAGGCCGAGAAGAUUCUCACUUGGCGUUGGAUGGAGCCAAAGAACGAGCCCUCCACAUCAAAGAAGCAACAACCACGCGUCCGCGAGUACUUUGUCAAGUGGCACAACCAGUCCUAUUGGCACUGUGAAUGGGUGAGCGAGGUUCAGAUGGAUGUUCACCAUCCCUUCAUGUUGCGCUCCUACAUGCGUAAAUACGACAUGGAAGAGCCGCCCAAGUUUGAGGAAGCUCUCGACGAGGCUGACAGCCGUUUCCAGAGGAUUCAACGCCACAAGGCCAAGACCCAUGGCAAGGAUGAAGAAAAUUCUGAGAUUGACUUUGAGGAGCGAUACUAUCGCUAUGGAGUGAAGCCAGAAUGGCUCAUAGUUCACAGAGUGAUUAACCACCGCACUGCAAGGGACGGUUCGAUUUUGUAUUUGGUGAAGUGGCGCGAUUUGCCCUACGACAAGUGCACCUGGGAAGACGAAGGCGACGAUAUUCCUGGCUUGAAGACUGCCAUAGAAUUCUACAUGGAUUUGAGGGCUGCCUGUAACUCGGAUGCGGUACGAAGUAGUGCUAAAAAAGGCAAGAAGGGUCGCAAGAGCAAGGCCAAGGAACUCGAUGAAGAUGAGCGUGCCAUCAAACGGUACACACCGCCUCCAGAGAAGCCAACAACUGAUUUGAAGAAGAAAUACGAGGGUCAGCCACCGUUCUUGGAUGAAACUGGCAUGCAGCUUCAUCCUUACCAGAUCGAUGGUAUUAACUGGUUGAGGUACUCCUGGGGUCAGGGCAUCGACACCAUCCUUGCCGAUGAAAUGGGUCUCGGAAAGACCAUCCAGACUGUGACAUUCUUGUACUCGCUCUACAAGGAAGGCCAUUGCAAGGGUCCAUUUAUUGUUGCGGUGCCCCUGUCGACCGUGAUCAAUUGGGAGCGAGAAUUCGAGUUGUGGGCACCAGAUUUCUACUGCAUCACUUACGUGGGUGACAAGGACUCGCGAGCUGUGAUUCGAGAAAACGAGCUGACAUUCGAAGAAGGAGCUGUUCGCGGUUCGAAGCCAUCUCGACUUCGCACGACUUCCUUCAAAUUCAAUGUCCUCCUGACUAGCUACGAAUUGGUAUCUAUGGAUGCGACUUGUUUGGGAUCCAUCGAUUGGUCUGUCCUCGUUGUGGAUGAGGCUCAUCGUUUGAAGAGCAACCAGAGUAAAUUCUUCCGCAUCUUGAACAGCUACAACAUUGCUUAUAAAUUGCUGCUCACUGGUACCCCCUUGCAGAACAAUCUUGAGGAGUUGUUCCAUUUGCUGAAUUUCUUGUCCCGGCGUAAGUUCAGUGAUUUGAAUGCUUUCCAAAACGAAUUUGCAGAUGUCGCCAAGGAAGAACAGGUAAAACGAUUACACGAAAUGCUUGGGCCUCACAUGUUGCGUCGUCUCAAGUCAGACGUAUUGAAGAACAUGCCCUCAAAAUCAGAGUUUAUUGUGCGUGUAGAACUGUCGCCUCUGCAGAAGAAGUACUACAAAUUCAUUCUCACCAAGAACUACGAAGCUUUGAACUCUAAAAGUGGCGGUAACUCUUGUUCUCUCAUAAACGUGAUGAUGGACUUGAAGAAAUGUUGCAACCAUCCAUAUCUGUUCCCAUCUGCGGCAGAGGAAGCUCAACUAGCCCCAGGAGGUGGCUAUGAAUUGGCUUCGAUGACAAAGGCAGCUGGAAAGCUUGUCCUUCUUUCAAAGAUGUUAAAAUUACUCAAGGAUCAAGGACAUCGUGUACUGAUUUUCUCGCAGAUGACCAAGAUGUUGGACAUUUUAGAGGACUUCCUCGAAGGCGAGGGCUACAAGUACGAGAGAAUUGAUGGUGGUAUCACAGGAAGUCUCCGUCAGGAAGCUAUCGAUCGAUUCAACGCUCCCGGUGCCGCACAGUUUGUAUUCUUGCUGAGUACACGUGCUGGUGGCUUGGGUAUCAAUUUGGCCACUGCAGACACAGUUAUUAUCUAUGACUCCGAUUGGAAUCCCCACAAUGACAUCCAAGCUUUCUCGCGUGCCCAUCGUAUUGGACAGGCUAACAAAGUGAUGAUAUAUCGUUUUGUGACCAGAAAUUCGGUCGAGGAGCGCGUCACCCAGGUGGCGAAGCGCAAAAUGAUGUUGACUCACUUGGUUGUGCGUCCAGGAAUGGGCGGAAAGGGAGCCAACUUUACCAAACAAGAACUUGAUGAUAUUCUGCGUUUCGGAACAGAAGAAUUGUUCAAGGAAGAUGGAAAGGAAGAAGAAGCCAUCCACUACGAUGACAAAGCUGUUGCCGAACUUCUGGAUCGUUCGAAUCGGGGCAUCGAAGAAAAGGAGAGUUGGGCCAAUGAGUACUUGUCUUCGUUCAAGGUGGCAUCUUACGCCACAAAGGAAGAGAACGUAGAAGAAGAAACAGAGAUUAUCAAACAGGAGGCAGAAAAUUCUGAUCCCGCUUACUGGGUGAAGUUGCUAAGACAUCACUACGAACAGCAUCAAGAGGACGUAAGCCGGACUCUUGGAAAAGGAAAGCGUGUCAGGAAACAGGUUAAUUACACAGACGGAGGGGUUGUGGCAGCUGAACCGAGAGACGAUAGCAACUGGCAAGACAACGCAUCUGACUUCAACUCGGACUACUCGGGUGCCUCCGAUGAAGACCGCGAAGACGACGACUUUGACGAACGUGCCGACAAUGGUGACACAUCCAGAAAAGCCAAGAGGCGACCCGAACGCAGAGAUGAUCGUCCAUUGCCACCGCUCCUCGCUCGUGUUGGUGGAAACAUUGAAGUUCUGGGCUUCAAUGCACGCCAGCGAAAGAGUUUCUUAAACGCGAUUAUGCGAUAUGGAAUGCCUCCUCAGGACGCAUUCAACUCGCAGUGGUUGGUCAGAGAUUUGCGAGGCAAGUCCGAACGAAACUUCAAGGCUUAUGUGUCGCUAUUCAUGCGUCAUUUGUGCGAGCCUGGAGCUGACAAUGCCGAGGCAUUCGCUGAUGGAGUUCCUCGUGAAGGACUUAGUCGGCAGCAUGUUUUGACACGCAUCGGGGUUAUGUCCCUGAUUCGGAAGAAGGUACAAGAGUUCGAACACAUAAAUGGCUACUACAGCAUGCCAGAGUUGAUUCUGAAGCCGUGCGAGCCUGUUAGAUACCAACCCCACAUGACUGCCGAGGUCAUGAGCGGCGAUAAGAGCGCCACACCCAGUACUAGUGCGACUCCAGCGACCAGUGCCGCGCCCAGUCCAGCUCCGAACUCAGAAAAGGGCGAUGACAAGUCUGCCGCGUCUGGUGACGAUAAACCUCGUGGUGAGAGCACAUCAGAGGGCGGUGAAAAAGAUGAAAAGCCCGCCGUGAAAAAAGACUCGGUCGCUGGCGCGGCCGCAGGAGAUGAUGAUGUCCAAUCUGUGAAGUCUGAAGGCAAAGACAAAGACAACUCUGAGGCAGAUUCGGCCUCGGUAAAGAAGGAAGACGAGAAGGAAGAGGCAAAGGCUGUAACCGAGGACGAUGACGACGACGUGCUCAUCAUAAAGGAUGACGGAGAAGUGGAGAAGCCAAAACCAAUGGAGAACAAGCGCCAAGACACAACAAAGAUCGAAGAGAGCUUGGAGGUUUUGAAACGCAAGUUCAUGUUCAACAUCGCCGAUGGAGGCUUCACAGAACUCCACACACUCUGGCUGAAUGAAGAAAAGGCCGCCGUUCCCGGCAGGGAAUACGAAAUCUGGCACCGCCGUCACGAUUAUUGGCUGUUGGCUGGCAUCGUGACUCACGGCUACGGUCGCUGGCAGGAUAUUCAAAAUGAUAUUCGUUUUGCAAUAAUCAAUGAACCCUUCAAAAUGGACGUUGGCAAGGGUAACUUUUUGGAAAUCAAAAACAAGUUCUUGGCUCGUCGGUUCAAAUUGCUCGAACAGGCUUUGGUCAUUGAGGAGCAAUUGCGAAGGGCUGCCUUCUUGAAUCUUAGCCAAGACCCCAGCCAUCCAGCUAUGUCCUUGAAUGCCCGCUUUGCAGAGGUUGAAUGCUUGGCAGAGUCUCACCAACAUCUGAGCAAGGAAUCGCUGGCAGGCAACAAGCCGGCCAAUGCAGUACUUCACAAAGUAUUGAAUCAAUUGGAGGAACUUCUGUCGGACAUGAAGAGCGAUGUCUCGCGUUUGCCAGCCACCCUGGCCCGCAUUCCCCCGGUUGCACAGCGUCUGCAGAUGUCGGAGAGAUCAAUUCUGUCCAGAUUGGCUGCCACUGCUGGAAAUGUACCCAAUUCUGCUCAAUUGAUGACACAAUUUCCUGCUGGAUUCCAAGGUGCUGCUCUGCCAGCAUUCACCGGCAGCCCCGCCGCUAACUUUGGAACUUUCCGACCACAGUUUUCGGUACCUGGACAACCUUCGACCAGUUUUGCCGGCACGAAUUAAAUAUUUUACCAUAUUUUAUAAGUUAUGCUCCAAAAAAACAACAAUCCCCCCCAAAGGCUUGUCCCAUUUUAGUUCAUUUGUGUUUUUCUUUUCUUAUUAUUUUAUUUUAAGGUAUUCCA